UUACAUCGAUCUGUUUCUUUCUCGUACGUCGUAUACCCUUCCUACAGCAUUUGAGUUCAUAUACCACCGUUCUUUUGGUUUCUCUCGUUUUCUUUCUCAUUCGAACUAGGAUUUUGCUAGCAUUUAUCUGCUCAGGAUUUGAGAUUAGAACUACUCAUUUAAGAGUUUCUGAUAGAGAUCUAUGAGUCUGUCGGGGGAGUCUUGUGGGUAUCUUCAAUUUGCUUCGGUGCGUAAGCUUAUGUUUUAGGGAAUCCUUGUGCGAGCUUGGGUUUCAGGGGAAAGCUCUCACUUUUGCUGUAUCGUGCCGCCUGGAUUGUGCAGGCAUGGAGCUCUUAUCUGGGAUUCCACAACAAUGAUAUUGAUUUCAAGUACUCUUUAGAUGAAGUUUUGAAAUACUAUUUGAGCAUUGAGUUCAGACUCAAACCCCUAGAUGUCGUGUCGUUCCAUCAUUCGAGAUGUAAGAGAUGGUUUUGGGAGUUUGUCAAGACGUGGCUUUGAAGUGCGACUUACAGGUCAUCACAAGGGAAAAUCUCAGAGUUCUGUCCAUGAGCUGCAUGAACCACCUGCAGGAAUCCAGCAGAGUCGCUGGGCCAACCUUCCUCCUGAACUUCUUUGUGAUGUGAUUAGAAGGCUGGAGGCAAGUGAAAGUACAUGGCCUUCAAGGAAACAUGUUGUUGCAUGUGCUGCUGUUUGCAGACCAUGGAGGGAAUUGUGCAAAGAAAUUGUCAUUAGUCCAGAGCUCUCCGGGAAGCUCACCUUCCCUGUUUCCUUGAAGCAGCCUGGUUCUCGAGAUGGAAUGAUCCAAUGCUUCAUUAAGAGGGACAAGUCAAAAUCAACCUAUCGUCUUUACCUCUGUCUUAGCCUUGCUGUACUUGUUGAGAAUGGGAAGUUUCUCCUGUCAGCAAAAAGAAGUCGACGCACAACCUACACUGAAUAUGUAAUUUCAAUGGACCCCGAAAACAUCUCAAGGUCAAGCAACACCUACAUUGGCAAGCUGAGAUCAAACUUUCUGGGUACGAAGUUUAUAGUAUGUGAUACACAGCCACCUUAUAAUGCUGCCUCUCUAUGCCAUCCUGGGACAACAAGCCGCAGAUUUUACUCCAAGAAAGUCUCACCUAAAGUACCAACUGGCAGCUACAACAUAGCCCAGGUCUCAUAUGAACUGAAUGUACUUGGCACUCGAGGCCCUCGCCGCAUGCAUUGCAUCUUGCACUCAAUACCUGCUUCUGCCCUUGAUAUUGGUGGUAUUGUUCCUGGUCAACCCGAACACAUAAUUCCUCGCUAUCUCGGGGAUUCUUUUCGGAGCAUGUCAUUUUCACAGUCUUCCGUCAUGGAUCGUUCUAUGGACUUCAGUAGUUCUCGCUUCUCUGAUAUCAGCGGAGCAAUCCAGGCUGAUACUAAUAGUGAAGAGAUCAAGGAGCCUCCAUUAGUGCUGCGCAACAAGGCACCGAGAUGGCAUGAACAAUUGCAGUGCUGGUGCCUUAACUUUCGAGGACGUGUCACUGUUGCUUCGGUGAAGAACUUCCAGCUCAUUGCUUCCAAUCAGCCUGCUGCUGGAGCUCCAACACCAGCUCAACCAACUCAAUCAGAUCAUGACAAGAUCAUUUUGCAAUUUGGUAAGGUUGCAAAGGAUAUGUUCACAAUGGACUAUCGGUAUCCGCUUUCUGCCUUCCAGGCUUUUGCUAUUUGCCUGAGUAGUUUUGAUACCAAGCUGGCUUGUGAAUAGCACUCAGCAUACGCAAUAUGAAAUGAUACUUGCUCUUUCUGUUUUUUGCUGCUUGUGCCUGAUUCUUGGCUUAUGUUAGUGAGUUGUAAACAGACUGUGCAUUUAGACAUUCGUCUCUUCCCCUUUAUUGUCUCUAUGGAAGCUUUUUUUUCCUUGGCUGUUUUUUGUUGUUGUGCAGCUUAUUUUCUUUAUACCCAGGAGGUGGAGCAAAGGGAUGAAAUGACAUUCAAAAUAAAUAUGUAAUAGAGCCAAACUCAUCACGUGAAAUGCUCUUUAUGACUUUUAA